AUGCCGGCGCCUAGAAUAGUGGCUCCAGCACCGGUGGACAAAAAGCUAGAAAGACUUAUCGCUACCCUACUGUCUCUAGAGAUCGGAAGCACACCACUCCCUGCCGGGUUCAACCAACCUAAGUUCAUGUUGUACGACGGCAAGACGGAUCCGUACAUACACGUUAGUCAUUACCGGCAAGUAAUGGCUGGUCACCAGCACAACAACACCUUGAUGUGUCUCAUAUUCCCAGCAAUCCUGGAGGAGAGUAUCGAGGGGUGGCAACAACUAGCGGAGGCCUUUGUCACCAGGCUCAAGACCAAUACUCGAACACCGAAAGAGGUCAACCACCUCCUGAGCAUCAAGAUAGAGUCGGGUGGUUCUUUGAAGGCAUACAAUGCCAAGUAUUGGGAAACCUACAAUGAGAUCCUUGAUUGCCCCGCCAAUCUGGUGAUCGCCCAAUACAAGCGAGGUCUACCAGUCGGGUAUAAGUUGCGAGACUCCCUCACGAUGCGUCAGUCCACAACCAUGGAGUCCUUAAUGUAA